GCAGGCACCUUCUCGGGGCUACUAUGAAAUAGUUCGCUGUCAACGUUGUAAAGCGGCCACAUUUCGAUAGUUUGGAUUAUUGUUACGCAGAAGGACAACAUGUUUUGACGACGGACCUGACAUUUGACAGAGAGAUGUUACAGAAUUUCUGAGUUUGUAGGACCGAAGAGGAAUUCUCAGGAGUUCUUCAUGUAUUGUUGACUUACUAGCUCGGUAGCUAGCUAAGUAAGCUAGAGAGUUAAUUGAAAUUGACUAGCUCGGCCGCAAGUUUAACUUCGCCCGUUCCCUUUUAUCGUUUUUUAAUUUAAGUUACAAGCCACUAGAACAGUCGUUUAGACAGUUUGGUGCCUCCUUAAGUUGCUGCCAUGGCUGACAGCAGCAUAGUGACUUUAGGGACAGCCCGGAGUCUGCUGGUGGAUUCUUCGGUCUAUGAUUCGAGGAUCGCUGAAACCACAAAGGACCAUGUAUUUCUGGGCAUGGCGUGUGAAGACGGGGAAGAUAUGCUGCCAAAACUGGAGACAAGGGUGGUUCUUGUGGGAGAGGCGGGCAGAAAUGGAGCGCUGGUCAAAGCACUGCAGGCCGUCAGAGUAAUGGAGGUACCGGUGGUAAAGAUAAGAGAAGGCGAGGCGGGUGCCGAAGAGAAAAUGAUGAUAAAAUCUAUAGUCAAUAUGGACAUCAGCACCCCAUGCAUAAUGACAGACAACAUCCAAGAGUUUGGAGAUGGAGAUAACACUGAUUACGAGACAGUGUUUGUCCUCGCAGACUUUGAUUCUCCUGACUACAGCUACCUCUACAAACGUGACAACCGCAUCAUUGGGCCUCCUGUUGUGCUGCACUGUGCUGCAAAGGAGGAACCUCUACAGUUUUCAUGCCGUCCUCUCUACUCCACCACAAUGAUUAGCCUGUCACUGUGUUUCACUGGCUUCAGGAACAAAGAGGAAAUGAAGAACUUGGUGAAUCUGGUUCAUCACAUGGGUGGGACCAUCCGGAAAGACUUCAGCACCAAGGUUACUCAUCUCAUCGCCUACUCCACUCACGGAGAGAAAUACAGGCUGGCAGUGUGCAUGGGGACUCCUAUUCUCACUCCGUCAUGGAUUCACAAGGCCUGGGAGAGAAGAAAUGACGUGCACUUUCAUGCAGGAGAAGAGGAGUUUCGAAUGGAGUUUAAAGUUCCUCCGUUCCAGGACUGCAUCCUCAGUUUUUUGGGUUUCUCAGAUGAAGAGAAGGCAAACAUGGAGGAGAGGACACUCAAACACGGUGGCAGUUAUCUUGAGGUUGGAGAUGAGCGAUGUACACACAUGGUAGUGGAGGAAAACUCAGUAAAGGAGCUGCCGUUUUCUCCCUUCAAGAAACUCUUUGUGGUCAAACAGGAGUGGUUCUGGGGCAGCAUUCAAAUGGACGCUCGAGCCGGGGAAUCCAUGUACCUCUACGAAAAGAACGACAGCCCAGCCAUGAAGAAGGCAGUGUCCCUGCUGUCCCUCACCACCCCCAACAGUAACCGCAAGCGUCGGCGUCUGAGGGACACCCUGGCUCAGCUUGCCAAGGAGACAGAGAUCUCCCCCUUCCCUCCACCACGCAAAAGGCCGUCAGCAGAGCACUCGCUGUCCAUGGGUUCUCUGCUGGACAUCUCUAACACCCCUGACACAUGCAAAGGCUUGGCAGAAGACAGAGUAGAGAACAGAUCAGAGAGCAAAGGAGACAAUACUGUGACCAGGAAUAGGAUAAGAAGAAGGAGAACCAGGGAAAAGAGGACUAGGACAGACAGGCAAGAGAGGAGGAAAAGGUCCUUCCAGGGCACAAGUACCCUUCAGCAGCCAGAGGAGGAACAGCAGCAGCCAGGAACCUCUGCAGAGAGUUCAAAACCAUCCAAGAGCUCGACUCCUGUUGUGUCCAAACAGUCAGCCAGGUGGCAGGUCUCCAAAGAGUUCUACCAGACAGAGAGCAACUAUGUUGACAUUUUAAGCACCAUCCUACAGCUUUUCAAGCUUCCGUUGGAAAAAGAGGGGCAGGUGGGUGGACCCAUCCUGGCCCAAGAAGAGGUGAAGACAAUAUUUGGCAGCAUCCCCGAAAUCUAUGAGGUUCACAUCAGAAUAAAGAGUGACCUUGAGGAGCUCCUGUCAGACUGGUCAGAAGACAAGAGUGUUGGAGAUAUCAUUCUCAAAUAUUCGAAAGAGUUGGUGAAGGCCUACCCACCUUUUGUCAACUUUUUUGAAAUGAGUAAGGAGACCAUUGUUCGGUGUGAGAAGCUAAAGCCACGCUUCCAUGCUUUUCUUAAGAUUAACCAGGCGAAGCCAGAGUGUGGGAGGCAGACACUGGUGGAGCUGCUCAUCAGACCUGUACAGAGACUGCCCAGUGUGGCCCUUCUUCUUAAUGACAUAAAGAAACAUACAUCAGAUGACAACCCAGACAAGAUAACACUGGAGAAAGCAAUUGAGUCUCUUAAAGAAGUCAUGACUCACAUCAAUGAGGACAAGAGGAAGACUGAAGGCCAGAAGCAGAUCUUUGAUGUUGUUUAUGAAGUUGAUGGCUGUCCUGCCAACUUGCUGUCCUCUCAUCGCAGUCUGGUUUACCGAGUAGAAACAAUCGCCCUGGGAGACCAGCCCUGUGACCGUGGAGAAAAUGUCACACUCUUCCUCUUCAAUGACUGUCUUGAGAUUGCAAGGAAGCGACACAAGGUGAUCAAUACGUUUAAGAGUCCGCUAGGGCAGACGAGACCACCACCACCGCUCAAACACAUCACACUGAUGCCGCUGUCCCAGAUCCGAAGAGUGCUGGACCUGCACGACACAGAGGAGUGUGUGAAUGCAUUUGCCUUGGUGGUUCGCCCUCCAACUGAACAGGAGAACUUGUUGUUCAGCUUCCAACUUGCUGGAGAGGAAACAGUUAAAAGCGCCUGGCCGCGAACACUUUGCCGCCACGUCGCCAACACCAUCUGCAGGACUGAUGUGGAGGAUCUGAUUCAGUGUACAGACCCAGACUCACUGCAGGUCAGCACCAAGGAUAUGGACAGCACCCUGAGCAAAGCCUCCAGAGCCAUCAAGAAGACCUCGAAAAAGGUGACAAGGGCCUUUUCUUUCACCAAGACCCCAAAGCGUGUGAUCCAGAGGGCUUUCAUGGCCAACAGUACUCCAGAAGAGAGAAGCCAAAGGCUGAGUUGUGAAAACCGUGUCAGCAGCAGCUCCACGCUAGCUGCACAUCAUUCCCCCUCCAUGGUCAAUCUGCCAUCCAUGUUUGAAAGGAAGUACCACACGUUCAGUCGCUCCAGCACCCACCUCUUCUGAGACGCUGCCGCUGGGGAGCACCAGCAGGGCUGCACCCACCUUCUCACCUCAUUUGCCUUGACUGCCAUUAACAGCAAGAUGUGUGCCAACAGGCAUGUGUAUGUAGUUAAAGCUACCUGUAAAUAUUGGCAAACUAGCAUUUGUCCAUAUUGGAGCUCCUCACAGACUUUUCAAACCUGCAUCAAUUGGCAUUAAGCCACAUCUGGAAAAGUGCACUGAAGAAUUCACAAUAGUCAAGCUACUGUUAGUGUUUCAAAUCUGAAAUUUUUGCAAAGAAGGGUUAAACAAUAAGCUAACUGUUUAGCAAUGUGAUGCCCACCAUGUGAUGUAUUCAGCUGAAACGCCUCUGUGUGGCUGAGAACUAGCAUCUGACCGGGCAGUUUGGUGCGUCUCUCCAAAACAAUGCUUGAACGAAGACUUUUUUUACUCGGAGCUAACUGGAUCGGUACUGCAACAUGCUGGGGGCUACAGCUGUGUGAUCACCACUGACAUGUUAAGUUCACCUUCCCCCUGAAAAGAUGAAGGAUGCUCUGCUUUUUCUCUGCAAUUGUUGAAUGGAUUAUCCCGGUUUCUCAAUUAAUGUACUAAGGUAUGGGUGGUAUGUAGUAUAUCAUACCUUCCUGAAAUUAAAAAUUUAAUCGGGGUAUGCUGUAUAUAAUGUUGUAAGUGUGGGAUGCCACAAACCUCCCCUCCUUAAUUCACCAAGUUAGAUUUGAAAACAUGCCGUUAUUCCCCACACUCUCUCUCUGCCUGCUGGCUGCCAGCUGUUUACAGUCCUGUAACUUCUCCCUCCACCACUGGGUGCCACUGUGUCCUUCAGUGCAGCUGCUUGUUCCACCAAUGGAGAUCAGAGACUGGGCUGGUGGUGCGUGCUGUGCACUAUAAACAGUGAGUUUAAUAGAAAGAGGAGUGCCUGUAUUUAUGAGGGGACUGAAAAACAUAUCAUCAGGAUUUUUAAAUAACCUGGUAUACUGUGAUACUGCCCAAGCCUAAAUGUGCUUCACCAGACACGUUUUGUGUUCAUAGGUUGCAUGCUCAGCCUAAUGGUUGGGGACCAGUGUUGGCAGUGUUCAGCGAAGUGUUAACACUAACUAAAGACCAAGUAACCAGCUCAUCUUUCUUCGACUUUAAAUGGGGAAUCUUGAUGUCCCUAAUGUAGCUCGAUUCUAAUUUGGGAAGUAAAAAAAAACAUUUAACUUUAGGUAUUUAGGUAUUUCUAUUUAUCAGUUGCAGGUUUUUAAGUAAGCUCUUUGUGAUUUUUGUACUUAUGUUACAAUGCUGACUCCUCUUACCUUUUGCUGUUUUGUGACUUUUUUAAUUAACUUGCUCGGGAAAAGUCCUUUAUAUUAACUGACAUUAAAUGUUAUUUUAUUGUAGUGGGCUAGACUUAAUUUCACUUGAUUUAAUAAUAUUACUUUUUGUAAUUAACCCACUCUCAACAUUUAAACUUUUGAUAGUUUCCAGCUUUUAUAAAGCUUCUAUUUUGGCAUUUUAAGAGAUUCGGUUGAGGAGCAUUAAAGCACUUCUGCUUUUGUUCCCUCUGCGGCCGUCCACGUUUUAAAAGACCUUUUUACAAUGUGUGUGCACCAUGUCUGCGUUUCUGUGUGUGUGUGUGUGUGUUUAAGAAGGACUGCUGCAUCAGUGUAUUUAUUCUUGAAGAAUACUUUUUCAUUUCUUUUUCACUUGCUAUUUAUGUUGUUUUCUACUCAUAUGUCUGUUUUUUUCCCCCUCAUGCUGUUGUCAAUGAGCUUCUCUUGUUGUUUCAUCUCUGUAUUAAAUGCACUUCAACAUGUACCUGAAGAUUUCAGCUUUUUUUUUUUUUA